AGACGCUUCACAGCUAAAGGCGCGUCGUAAAUAUCGAAGGGCUAAUUUCAUCCUUUUAUUGUCUAAAUUAUACAUAUGCUGCGCGAAAAACACACGGUCAUAACGGCAGUGCUGAGUGGAAGAGCUCUCAGUUUUGUAGGUCAUGGCUGUGUAUUUUGAUCAUCGCGUCGAGGCCCCUGACAGCAGUGGAGCGGCCGUCCUGAUCUCAUGGCAUUCCAGCGUGUGUGUGCUGGCCGUGGGCUCUGUGAACCCCUCCACCGGGGGCUGUGUGGAUCUUUACCUGCAACAGGGGGAGCAUGUCGAGCUCUGUCAUGUGGAACGGGGAUUCAGCCCCUCGUUGUUGCAGUGGCACCCGACUAAACUCCUGCUGGCGGUGGGAUGGGAGACGGGCGAGACCAUGCUCCUCUCACACCCCUCCGGUGAACUCACACCCCUGCCCAACAACACACACAAUGCCUGCAUCACAGUGCUGGAGUGGAGCAGUAACGGCGGCCGACUGGUCACGGGAGAUCAGGCAGGUGUUAUGGCGGUGUGGAGGGUGGACGCUAGAGGGAAACUGCAGGGAUCUCCUCUGAUAAAACAUGACUACAGUAAACCACUGACGUGUUGCAUCUUCAGACCUCCACCACCUGCUGAGGAUGUGGCGAUGCUGGCCCGUGCUGCUGUUAGCGGAGAUGAAAGCGCUCUGGACAUGUUUAACUGGAAGAAGAGCAAUAAAAGAGCAGCGUUUGCGCUGGGAUCACAGGAAGGACUGACAUUCUACAUCAGUACUGCUGAUGGGAGUGUGUACAGCGUGGAUGAGCAGGCGCGGAGUGUGCCAUUGGUUUCCGUUGAGAGUAAGAUCCAGACGAUGUGGUACUCCAAGAGGAGGGACGUUCUCGCCGUGGUAACAGACUCACUGCUGCUCUCUCAGUUCAGUCUUGGACCGGAAGGAAUCGCUCAGGAGAUCAGUAAGGUGAAGCUCAGUGGCAGAGGUGUGCAGCACGCAGACAUUGUGUGGACAGAAAACGGUUUGCUCAUCACUGCAUCAGGAGAACAACACAUCAGGUUGUGGGAUGUGGAGUUGGAUGAUCAUUACGCUCUGUCACUCGAUGAGUCUCUGGGCUUUGAGAAAGGAGAACUUCUCAACUGUGUGUCUUUUUGCACUUCUAAACAAGUUCUUGCAGCAGGUACCAGCAGAGGUCGUGUUGCUCUGUGGCACAUGGUGACUGUGAGUGAUCAGCAGGGAGACACGAAAAUACACUGGAAACUCCAAACACCAGCAGAGGUGGAAGGAAACAUCUCACAGCUACAAUGGGGUUCGAGCUCUCAUCUGUUGGCCGUCUGCAGCAGCAGCUGUGUGGUGAUUCUGUCAGAGCAUGUUCUGUGUUCUCAUUACAGCCAGCAGAUGGCAGCAGUGCAGCUCACGCCAACACAGCUCAGCCUGGCCAACUUCAACACCAACACACACAUCACCUUCCACACAGACACACACAUCAGAGCCGUGCAAGUCACCAAGGAUAUGGUCGCGGUGUGGAACGGGAAAUAUAUCACUGUGUACGAGCCAUCAGGACAAACCCUACAUAGCACAGGUUCUUUCCAGUGUGAGUCUCCUGCUCUUGUGGUUCAUGAAGAAAACAUUUAUACUGUCGAACCAAACCGUGUCCAGAUCCGCACACCACAGGGCACCGUGAAGCAGUUGUUGGCGUUUUCUGAAGCGGAAGGAAACCCGACACAGCUGAGUGUGUGUGGAUCUUACCUGGCUGUGGGAACAGAUACGUGUCAUGUCAGAGUCUUUGACCUCACACGCAGGGAGGCCAAAGCCAUGGGCGUCACGAAGAACCUCUCUGAGCUCAUUCCUGACCUGGGCGCUCUGAGAUCAGUCAGAUGCAAUGCCAGCGGCAGUCAGUUGAGCGUCCUCAUUGCACAGGUGAACGGGCGGCCGGAUAAUAAAGUGUAUUUCUAUGACAUCGAGCUGGACACGCUGUCUCACUUCGACUUCUUCACAGGGAGGCCAGAGAGCAGUCUCGCACAGUCCGAGGACAGUCAAAGAACUCGAUGUGAGGGGGAGUUGGCCGCCCGCUGCCCUGUUUCUCAGUUCUGGGACGAGAACGAGCCACGUCUGUUUGUGUGUGAAACGGUUCCCGUGAAUUCUGACCUCCUCUGCAGCAUCCAAUCACAAACAGAGAAGGUAAAACACAACCUAAUGAAUAUGAAAUUAAUUGAUUUUUAUUUCCUCCGAUCCCCAGCUGAGUCUCUGGCAGGCUGUGGGCUCGUGAGUGUGCGUGUCCUCGUGUGCACACGCUCUCCAGAGUCCGACACUCCGCCGCCGUCCGUCCUCCAGCACCUGCAGCACCCAGCUGGAGUUGAAUGUCGCCAAGUUGUUGAGCACCAGAGAAAGCAGGGCCACCGCCGCCGCCACCACCACCAGCCUGCGCACGGCCAUACACCCUCCGGAGCGCCUGAAUUCCUGAAACAUCCACGGUGUAUCUGCAUCUCCAGCGAGGCAGUGUGGGAGAACAUGGCGCGGAUGUGUGUGAAGAGUCGUCGUCUGGACGUGGCGCGUGUGUGUCUGGGGAACAUGGGUAACGCACGGGCCGCACGUGCUCUCAGGAACGCUGAAAAAGAGCCGGAGGUGGAGGCGCAGGUGGCUGUACUGGCUACACAGCUGGGCAUGCUGGAGGAUGCAGAGCGUUUGUAUAAGUCGUGUGGGAGGUUUGAUUUAUUGAAUAAGUUUUAUCAGGCGGCAGGUCAGUGGCAGCAGGCGGUGGAGACAGCAGAAACACACGACCGCAUUCACCUCCGAACCACUUACUACAGCUACGCCAAACACCUGGAGGCCUUGGGAGACAAGAACCUAGCGCUGGUGUAUUUUGAGAAGUCAGACACACAUCGGUUUGAAGUGCCGAGAAUGCUGAUGGAGGAUAAUCUUUCACUGGAGAUCUACAUCAAUAAAAUGAAGGACAAGGAUCUGUAUAAGUGGUGGGGUCAUUAUCUAGAGAGCCAAUCAGACAUGGAGGCUGCGCUGCAUUACUACGACCUCGCUCAGGACUACCUGUCUCAAGUGCGCGUGUACUGUUAUCUAGGAAACAUUCAAAAGGCGAGUGAGAUAGCCAAUGAGACGGGCAACAGAGCAGCGUCUUAUCACGUUGCACGGCAGUACGAGGGACAGGAUGAAAUCAGCCAAUCGGUGCACUUCUACACACGAGCGCAAGCCUAUAACAACGCCAUCCGACUGUGUAAAGAGAAUAACCUGGAUGAGCAGCUCAUGAAUCUGGCGCUGCUUAGCAAUCCAGAGGACAUGAUGGACACGGCCAUGUAUUAUGAAGAGAAAGGAACGCACAUGGACCGAGCCGUUAUGCUUUAUCAUAAGGCAGGUCACGUGUCUAAGGCUUUGGAACUAGCUUUUGCCACAGAGCAGUUUGGAGCUCUGCAGCUGAUCGCAGAGGACCUGAAUGAAAACAGUGACCCUGCCCUACUAGCACGCUGCUCUGAUUUCUUCAUAAAACACACUCAGUACCAGAAAGCUGUGGAACUGCUGGUGGCUGCCAAAAAGUACCAUGAGGCGCUCCAGUUGUGUUUGGACCAGAGUUUGACCAUCACAGAAGAUCUGGCCGAAAGUCUGACGGUGCCAAAAGACUCGUCCCAUCUGUCUGAGGCCGGGAGAAAGGAGCUGCUGGAGAAAAUCGCAGACUGCUGCAUGCGGCAGGGCAACUACCACUUAGCCACUAAGAAAUACACACAAGCUGGAAACAAGAUCAAGGCGAUGCGAGCGCUGUUGAAAUCCGGGGAUACAGAGAAAAUAGUGUUUUUCGCAGGUGUUUCCAGACAGAAGGAAAUUUACGUAAUGGCAGCCAACUACCUGCAGUCACUGGACUGGAGGAACGACCCGGAGAUCAUGAAGAACAUCAUCGGCUUCUACACAAAAGGACGAGCACUUGAUCUGCUCGCCGGCUUCUAUGAAGCCUGUGCUGAGGUGGAAAUUGAUGAUUUUCAGAAUUACGAGAAGGCAUAUGGCGCUCUUACGGAGGCGUGCAAGUGUCUGACUAAAGCAAAGGGUCGCAGUGGAGACGAGGCUGACCGCAAACUCCUCAUACUGACACACAGACUCGGCCUUGUCAAGAGAUUCAUUCAGGCACGAAGGAUGCAUGAGGAGGAUCCAGUGGAAGCGGUGUGUGUGUGUGAGUCUUUGCUGGAAGAGAAAGAUCUGGACCCUGCAGUGCGUGUUGGAGAUGUGUAUGGGUUCCUGGUGGAGCACUACUGCCAUCAUGGCAACUUCCAGCAGGCUUGGAGUAAAAUAGAGGACUUGAGAUCAACGCGUCCCAACAUAAACUUGAGCUUGUACGUGAGUCAAACCAGUCUGGAGGCUCUACAGAAUGCUGCUGGAGUCCGUCUGGUCUACAGAGACACGGACACCCAUGCUGCCGAGGAUGAUGAAGAGGUGGAGGAAGAUGAGAACAUCAAUCAUUGAGAGAACGAUUUGCUGAGGAGGUGGUCCUCAAGAUAACAGGAGAAAAUCGCAUACAUUUUUCAAUGCAUACAAAAACGCACACGACUAGCCUACAGAAGUCUGCCUGCCUGAGUAUUGGUUUGCUCGCCCCAUUUAAUUUAAAAAUGUGCCAUAUUUCUAUGGGACUGCCAGUCUAGUAAAUGGGACGUCUUUGAUAGUUGUGUGAUUUUGUUAAAGCCACUUUGCAGGUUGCCUUAAGUAGAGUAGUUUGUGUGCGAAUGCCCAGAAUGUGUGUGGCCUUUUGAACAACAAUGCCAUUGGACCACUAUAUUUAAGUCAUUUUGUACAAUUUACAAAUUAUUUAAUGACCAGACUUGUUCUGCUCUCUUUGUAUCAU